UUUAUUUUUUUUAUUUUAUUUUAUUUUUUAAACUUGUCUUGUCCAGCCACACGGGCGAUUAAUACUUCUGAUUUAUAUGCCCACAUCUGCUGUAGUUUUACUUUACAAGGUGAAAUAUGUGAUAGUUCAACCGUUUAUUAUUAUUAUUAUUAUUUGUGUUUGACUUUAUGAAAUGUUUGGAUACAUUUAGUGUUUACACCACAUUUGGAGCUGAUAUAAAGAAGACAGAAGAGGGAAUAUUGGGGACAAAAGGAAGACAAAACAGCGAGAGACAACAACAAUAACGGAAUUUCAUAACAUAGAUACACUAGCUACAAAUAUUUUAUCAGUGUUCAUGAAACAUGAGUGAAAUAAACAGUAAUAAUACAGUACUGACAAUGAUCAUUGUUACACUAUAAUGAAAAUAAUGAUGUAUAGUAAUAUCAACAGUAAUAGAGAAUAUUAAUACAGUAUUUACCAAUUUUAUCACUAUCAAAUGUAAUACAUACAUCAGAUAAAACGUUACUUUAUGAGAAAAACAAAAAGGAAAAAAAAUAAGGAAGUUAAACAUUAACUUAUAGAGAGUAAUAAUGAUAAGAAUAAGUCUUUCUUAGUGGUGUGCUCUGUUUUAGUUGACCAUGUGAAUGAGUAUGUUUUAUUUGUAUGAGAGUAAGUGUGUACAUAUGCAUGUAAGAUAUAUGUGUUUGCAUAAUCGUGCAGGUAUAUGUUUGCGUAUGUAUGUAUAUUUAUUUAUCACUGUCUAUGUGUGUUCCAAGUUUAUUGUAGGUGUUAUUCUACAAUGUAAGGAAACUGUCUCUGAGGGCGAUCUGGAGGUUUUGACCUUUGCGCAGGUGUACCUAAUAAAGUGUCUUUGUUUGGUGCGUGUGUCAUUCUAUCUGCAAGUUGAAGAUCCAAUGUCCCUCUCAACUUCCUCCUAUCCGAGAAAUCGCAAAAAGCCGCCACCUGACCAGGGCUCAGGAAAUCUGUAGAGACUCCUCCCACCCCCACCGAGGACUGUUUUCACUGCUGGACUCAAGAAAGAUGUUCCGCAGCCUCCGUAGCAGAACCUCCAGAUGCUGACGGCACAGCGGUGUUGCAACUGCUGACAGGCGGCUGACUAACCAUGGAAAGAGAAGGCUCCUUAAGGAGGAUUUCGAGGAGUCUCCACAGCAGGUUGAGGCUGGCCGGUGGCUCGUCUUCCAGCUUGACUGACCUCUCAAAGACACCUUGGGGAGGAGGCGCAGUGGAGAAAGUGGUGGCGGAGGAGAGCAGCAAAGGAACCCAGCAGAGAAGAGCUGGGGCCAAUGCCACAUGGAACAGCAUCCACAAUGCAGUCAUCUCUGUGUUCCAGAAGAAGGAUCUGGGAGAGAAUGAGCUCUUCAUUUUGAAUGAAGGUGUCAGGCAGCUGCUGAAGACAGAGCUGGGCUCCUUCUUCACAGAGUACCUUCAGAAUCAGCUGCUGACCAAAGGCAUGGUCAUACUGAGAGACAAAAUACGCUUUUAUGAAGGUCAGAAGUUGUUGGACUCUCUGGCUGACACUUGGGACUUCUUCUUCUGUGAUGUUUUGUCCAUGCUGCAGGCCAUCUUCUAUCCUGUGCAGGGGAAAGAGCCAUCAGUGCGUCAGCUGGCACUGCUCCACUUUAGGAACACCAUUACCCUUAACCUGAAGCUAGACGAGGCUUUGGCGCGACCUCGGGCACGAGUACCCCCCUCCAUCAUACAGAUGCUCCUCAUACUUCAGGGCGUGCACCAGUCCAAAGGCGUCACAGAUGACUACCUGCGCCUGGAGUCUCUCAUUCAACAAGUGGUCUCGCCAUACCUUGGGACCCAUGGAUUAUAUUCCAAAGAUGGUUUGUCCAAUCAGCACUGUUCUUCAUGUCUGUUAGAGAGGCGUCUUCAGCGUUCUGGACUGUCCAAGUCUGGCAACUCCCCCACGGCAAAGAACCCAGUUGUGCGCUCCAAAAGCUACAAUGUUCCCAUGCUGACCCCUGUCGUGGAGCACGACGUGGACUUGUCGGCGGGCGGGGGCGCUGCUAUCAGACGCCACUCUGUGUGUGAGAUGACAUCCUGCGUGGGGCAGAGCGCCUCUGUGGGUAAUUCCGGCAUUGACCACUCAGGUACCUCGAGUCAGAACACCCAGGUCCAGCAUCUUUCCCACUCCAUUCUUCCCGAGUCCUCCCCUCCAGGCGAUUGCAAGCACUGCACGGGCUCUCUGGUGUCAAACUCCCCCGUGUCCUCCAGAGUUCUGGCUCAGGACACAAGCUCAGGCCCCAGUCCAUCAUCCAGUCCGGAGGUCACAGCAGAUCACCACAUCCCUGAAUCUUUGGACUCAGAACCUGAGCAUGAUGGCAUCUUUCUGAACUUCCCCAAAGCCUGCGAUGGAGGUGCAACACACAGCAGUGUAGCCUGACAGGUGACAAGCCAGUACCUUUUUAGCGUAUUUCGUUAAUCAAGGGAAUCAGCAAAUAAUCCUGCAGGCAUGAGGAUAAAAUAUUAACAGUAUUUAUUAAACUGAACAGCUAGAAAGUAUUGCAAACAGUGCCACCUAGUGUUCACUCCUAUACCUGAA